AUGGCCGACUUCGAGUGCAACUUUGACGUCCCAGUUGACCAGCCUAUGAAUAUGUCCUGGUCUUUUAUGAAUCUGACCGGCCACGUCACCAACAUCUACUCCACAGCAGCCGUGAAUCCACCGGAAGUCUUCAUCGAUGUGAAGAACAUUUCCGCCUCCGACGCUGGUGUCUACACGUGUGAAGCCAGUAUAGGAUCGCACACCUGGACAGCGGGAGGAGUUCUCAAGGUGCCAGAUCCCAACACGACGGUGGAACCUGACAACCAGAACACAACCAACUGGCACCUUCAAGUGAUCCCUAGCAACCAGACCAUGGCACCAGGUGAUACGGCCAUCUUGUUGUGCCAGUUUGACCCUAUAGUCCGUGACCCGAUGACCAUGACGUGGACCUUCACCGACAUGGCAGGCAGCACCAGAGAGAUCUACUCCGACGCGGAACUCAGCCCGUCCAUGACGUUCUACGUGAAGGAGCUGGCCGCCGGGGAUGCCGGCGUGUACACCUGUCAGGCGUCCUAUGGGGAUGAGACGUGGACGGCCAACGGCAGCCUACAUGUACACGCCUAGAGUUGAAGAA